CUUUACAAUCCCCCUUCCCAAGUAUAUUUCCCUACCUUUCCUUUCCACGCGCCAAAUGCAGCCUUCUACAUGUUCUUUCUAUCUGUCCUUCGAUAUGCGCUUCUGGUUCUAGUGCCCGUGUGCUCGAUCCUCACAACCUAUCUCUAUCUUUAUCCCGUAUUCCACCUCUGCGCGUUCCCAUCCCCUGAGCACGACCCACGCUCCGAAUACAUCAACACUCUCCGCCACCACGCGCCAUAUACUUCUCAGGAUGGCAGCAAGGUAGCGCCCUUCCGGCUGCUUGCGCUGGGCGAUCCGCAGCUGGAAGGAGAGUCUUCAAUCAGGGAUGCAAAUGCUGCGAACUUUCCAAAUUUGUCAAAGUUCUGGAAGGAUGCCCUUCUCCUUGAUGGCACGAGGCACAAUCCGCUGCAGCGUCUGCGACAUAGUCUGCAUGAUCUGGUCGAUUUCUAUCUAGACGAUAUCCCGGGAGCCCUCGAGGUCUAUCGAAAACGACUUGAUCAUGUUGGGAACGACUACUAUUUGGGACACAUAUACCGGACCAUGCAUUGGUGGACGGACCCUACACAUGUCACUGUUCUUGGAGAUUUGGUCGGGAGUCAGUGGAUCGACGACGAGGAGUUUGAAAGCAGAGGCUGGAGGUAUUGGAAUCGAGUGUUUAGUGGUGGGCUCAAGGUCUCUGAAGAAUUGGCGUCUCAACCCUCAGACGAUUUCCAGGAUACUUUGGUGCUUGGAGAGGAUGCUGCAGCUUGGAAGAAGAGGAUUAUAAAUGUUGCUGGCAAUCACGAUGUUGGAUACGCGGGAGAUCUGUCUCAGGAUCGAAUGGCUCGGUUUACGAGGGUGUUUGGCAAAGCGAACUAUGAAUUACGAUUUCGGCUUCGUAUCAACUCGACCGCAGUCAGGAAGGAAGACGAGGGAUUUACGGAGGAGAAGCCAGUCCCGGAAGUGCGAAUAGUGGUGUUCAACGAUAUGAAUCUCGAUACACCUGCCAGUUCCCAGGAAAUGCAGGACGAGACUUAUGGGUUCCUGAAUAAGGUCAUAACAACAUCAUAUGAUGUUACACGUUCGGCACUCUUCACCAUUGUGCUCACUCAUAUCCCUAUGCAUAAAGAGGCUGGUAUAUGUGUGGAUGGACCAUUCUUCGACUUUUUCAAUGGCGAAUUUGGCAAUGGAGUGAAGGAACAAAAUCAUCUAUCGAAGGACGCCUCGAAGGGAUUCUUGGAGGGCAUCUUCGGUAAAAACGGGAACCCAGAUGUGCCUGGUGGAGGAUAUGGACGGAAUGGAGUGAUUUUGACUGGUCAUGACCACGAAGGCUGCAAUGUGUACCAUUUCAUGAACCACUCGUCACCAAUGCGCCAGUGGGAAGCUACUACAUGGCCAAAAGCCCUAUCUGCAGGAAUUGUCGACAAGCCUGGUAUCCCCGGACUGCGUGAGAUCACUGUCCAGAGCAUGAUGGGUGGCUUCGCUGGCAAUGCCGGACUGAUGAGUUUAUGGUUUGAUGAAGAGUCUUGGGAGUGGAAAUUCGAGUUCACGAAUUGCGGACUAGGAACUCAGCAUAUCUGGUGGCUGGUUCAUAUCUUGGAUCUCAUUGCGUUGGGCAUCGGUCUAGUUUAUGGUAGUAUUUUUUUGGUGCGACAUGUCAUGGAAAGUGCGAAAAAGUUGGAGUCUCCGAUGGCGGAUGGAAAAGUGAAGGUGUUUAAGGUCAAGAAGGGAAUUCAAAAUGGAACGAUAUAUGCCAACGGACAUGAUUCGAAGGUCAGAAAGUCAGCUUUGUCUUCGUCGACACAACCUGGCCUCCGUGGGGGCUAGGUAUGCUGAGCUAGGAUUCAGGGAGUGGAAAAAGGUCAAGUCUGUGAGUAGUGUAAACUUAAGCGCUGUACGAUACCCAAAAACAUGUAUUGAAAAUGAUUGUCCUUGUGAUGACAAAGGGUCAGGACUCCUCAUCCCUCUACCUGUGCCAAAAUCCAUUACAUCACCUCUCACAAUUUGAGGCGAUUAAAGAGCACAAUUCAAAGUAUCGGACGCGUUUCUAUUUGGCCCAGGUUUUCAUCAUAGCGUCCAGCCUCGAGUGUAAAUCGUCUCGCCCAUGACAUACGCAGUAUACAUCAGAAGCUUUCUAGAACAUUGCUUAAUCCCUUCCAGGAGACUUGUAGAAAGACGGAUCGUGCUCAUGGAACCCUGAUGACAUUGUUAGUGGAGUUCAGCCCUAUGGGAGUGGGGUUUAGCGAGCUAAAAGGGGGAUAGUUCCCGCUUAGAGUUAGGCGAACUCUAAUAGGGCUGCUUUGUGGGGAUGUAAACACGGUCACGCAGGCCUUGUUCCAUGGUUGAGAAAGGUUUUUGUCAGUUCGGUAUGAGUCUGGUGCUUUUCACUAAUAAUUACAAUUUUCGAUCACAGAAUAAUAUUUCAAUAGAUAGGUGUUUCAAUG